CAGGCUCACACUUUGACUCUCGGAAUGCGCCCCAAAGAUCUUCCUUCUUGUCUCCAUUUCAUCACUGCAACGGUCGACCGUGAUCUGCGUUGUCAGGCUUUCUUGGAGCUCGCUAUAUGAUGAACUAUCGAGAGCUGACAAACUCCGUAGAAUUGGCCCGUUGAGCGAAGUGUCGAGUCUCGGAACUUUCUGCAGCAAGCCGCGGCGACCGACGGAUAUUCGCGUCAUUUCCGCGUCAACUGGUCCUUGAUAAACGUUGUCGCGCUCGCAGUGCCUUACUAGAUCUUGUGUAAGCUACUGUCCAGUCAGCUGACAAAUAUGGACAGAAAUGUCGCCAGGGACUACACGGUCGACGUCAUGUGCACGCUCUGUCCGUCGACCUGUUCUGAACACCCUCUGUACUUGUAGUGCCUCCAGCAACAGUGGGAUCCUCUUUUUGAACUGUUCUCACAUUAUCUCGUCAUGUCCGGCCUCGACACUACGACGUAUGACUCCACUAACCUGCAUGGACAGUAUGCAUGGACGGAUACGCUGAAGGGCGUACAUUACGGACCGGGAUCUUUGGCUACUGCUCUACCGAAGCUGCUGAAGACUCUGGGAGCAUCUAAGGCUCUUAUAGUCACUGGUAGAAGUUUGCACGACAAGACAGACGUUGUGAAGAAGGUCGAGGGCGUGUUGCAGCAACACGGCGCGUACGCAGCAACGUUCUACGAGAUUGGCCAGCACACACCCGUCGCGGGUAUCCACAACGGGCUGAAAGUGUUCAAGGAGUCUGGUGCUGAUGUCAUUGUCUCCGUUGGCGGAGGUUCGCCCAUCGACGCAUCCAAGGCGAUCUUGUAUUUCCUCCAGAAAGAGACCGGUGGCGAGUAUUUACGCCAGAUCGCAAUACCCACCACCCUCAGUGCGGCAGAAUACACGGUUGGCGCAGGAUACACGGAUGAGAAGGGAAAGAAGGUCGCCGUUAGCUCUCCACUGCUCGCCCCAUCUGGAAUCAUCCUCGACGCUGAGCUCACGCUCGCUACUCCGGAGCGUCUCUGGUUGUCUACCGGUUUGCGUGCGGUGGAUCAUGCAGUAGAAAACCUUUACAGACCGCUUAUUCCCCCGCCCGUCAAGUACCUGUGCUAUGCUGCCCUCGUCGACCUCUUCAAGUAUCUCCCUGCGUCGAAGGCGAACCCGACUGCAGUCGACAUCCGGCAGAAGCUGCAGCUCGCCUCGUGGAUGAGUCUCUGGCCCAUCAAGCUGGAGAAGUACAGUGCGCUCGGCUUGUCUCACGCGCUCGGGCAUAAGCUAGGGGCUACGUACAGUAUUCCGCAUGGGAUCACCUCCUGCUUGACCCUUGCACCAACGGUCGCUCUCAA